UUUGUGAGUGGGGCGAGCGGAAGUGUUUUGCACACGGGCCAUUCAAGCUAAGACCGCCAUUGAGUUGUGUACCUGUGGUUACGCACUGGUCGUUGGGUCAAAGACGGCAGCCCAUAUCGAAACGGAAACAACAAGGAUGCCUUCACUAAUACCAUAAAAACACUACUGCAGAACUGGGAAUAUCCUUUUCAGGCGUCAACAGAAGUGCAAACCUCGUGAAAAUAUGUUUUAAAAAAUGAGCAAGUUCUGAAUUCAUUGCAUUGUACAUGCAUUACUUUUGAUGGCAAGCUGCCCCCGCAAACAUGGCCGCCACGUAGGCAUGUCGAUUAGUCAGGUUGUUAGUGUAGUUUGUACUAGCAGCUAUCUCAAUGCAGCUUUAGCGCGUGUUUUUAGAAUUUUCUGUGUCCUAGAGAUGCUAUAAAAGGUAAUUCAGAAGCCGGAAUUAGUGAGAAAUUAGCCACUCCAAUAUCGGCAGUAAGAGACUGAGAGGGACAGACACGGAAGCGAAAGUAAAAGGGGGUUGUCAUUUUGCUACCACAUUCAUAGGUUUUACUUUGCGAGGCCAAGAUAUGAGCUCUUUACCUUUUAAAGCGCUCUUACUGGACAUUUCCAACGAGCUUACCUCUGGACAGCUGGACCAUCUCAAGUUUCUGUGUGGAACCAUGGUUGGGAAAAGGGAGUUAGAAACGAUCAACAGCGGAUUUAAACUUUUCCAGUGUUUGUCCGAGAGAGGCAAGCUUUCCCAGGACAAACGAGAGUUGCUGUCGGAGCUUCUCAAACAGAUUCACCGAAAGGAUCUGUCGGAAAAGUUGGCCAGCUUUCAGUCAUUGCCGGAAUGUGCUGACAACCAAAUUAGCGAAACGGAGAAAGACAAGAUGGACAUUGCCACAGAAGUGAUCGUCGAGAAUGUUGGGAGGAACUGGCGUAAAUUAGGACGCAAAUUGUAUUUGAGCGAAAGUAAGCUCGAUUCUAUCUCGAAGAGGCAUCCAACAGAUUUGGAGGAAACUGCCAGAGAGCUGCUGAAGGAAUGGACGAAGAUUCGUGGAUCUGAAGCUCGUACAAGUGAUCUGAUUGAGGCUUUAAGAGCAUGUCAGCAUAAUCUCACAGCCGAUAAAGUGGAGGAAAGAUUGGCAAGCAUGUGAUAUCAAUAAAGAAAAAUCAAACAUC